ACCCCAAACACACCCACAAGGUGUCCCGUGAUCGCGGUGGUGGAAACCCACGCAGCCACCCGCACGCGAGCCGCCGCCGCCGCCGGUCCGGAAGCAAUGAAUGGAUCUCCCUCUGGCUGCAGAGCAGCGCCUUUAGCUCCGCUCGCUCCCCUGCUGGAACGGGAGCCUCCUGCGCCUCCGGUUUUGCCCCGGGGUCUCGGGGCGGGAGGGGGCGCGCGUCUCUUUUAACCCCACCUCCCCCAGCCAUGUUCAACCAGCAGCUCCAGCAGCAACUGUUGCAGCUCCAGCACCUCCUUCAGCACCAGCCUCAGCAGCAAGCAAGCCGGUGUGUGAUACCAUCUCAGCAGCAGCAGCAGCAGCAGCAGAUGCUGAACCUGCGGGCUACUAGUCAAGCCUCGCUCCUCAGCGCCAACCCCAUGCUGCAGCGGGCCCUGCUCAUCCACCAGAUGCAAGGUAACUUGAGAGGCUUCAACAUGGCCGCAGCCCCUGUGCUCCAGCAGUUCUUCCCUCAGGCAACAAGACACUCCCUUUUGGGUCCGCCUCCUGUUGGGGUCUCCUUGAAGCCCACUCGCCUGGCUUUCCCUGGGGGCCUCCCUUUUCAGCGGCAGAAUCAGACCUUUCGCAAGGAUUUCUUGAGGACCUCUGAGAGGAAACGGGAGGCGGAUUCUGCAACUUCCUCCUCUCAGGGCCAAGGAGCAGAUGAGAGCCUGCCUGUACUGGAUAUGUCUAUCAUCAAAGAGGGGUCUGAGCAGCCGAAUUCUCCACCUCCAGAGACACUGGCAGAAUCCUCUUCAGCCGGUGAACCGGCAGCCAAGCGGCUCAGAAGGGAAGCUGAGGACACAAUCCCAGAAGAAGCAAUAUGUCUUCAGCAAGUGGAGGAGUCCAACACAGAAUCCCACCUGGAAGAGGCAGACAAUGGGAAAGAGAAUCUGGCUGCAGAUCCUUCCAAGGAAAAGAACAUUGCUGGAGAGCUGAAGAUUUCGGAGGUGGUCAGCUCUGCAGGGUCCCUGAAAGUCACAAUUCAGCAGAGCAGCGAGAACCGAGCCAUCAGCACCACAGCCCUAAAGCCAGCCUUCUGGACCUCUGAGAUGGGGACAGCCGAAGGCAGCCCCGAGGCUACCCUGAAAUUCUACUGCUACAUAUGCAAGACUAACUGUUACAAUCAACAGAAUUUCCAGGCGCACAUGGCAGGAGCUCAGCACCAGCAGCGCCUUCGAGAGAUCCAGCACAUGAGCAACAUCUGCCUUGUCUCGUUGUUGCCUGUGGUGAAGGAGCAGAAACCACUGGCUGAGGAAGAUGGAGAGAGCCAGCAGCGGUGGUGUAACACCUGCCAGGUACAUUUUACAGGUGACCUGAUCAAGCAUCGUCGGACUCAGGAACACAAGCUUGCCAAACGCUCCCUCCGCCCCUUUUGCAUGUUGUGCAGCCGGCACUUCAAGACUCCACGAAAGUUUGUGGAGCAUAUGAAGUCUCCAGAGCAUAAGCAGAAGGCCAAAGAGGUGAAGUUGGGGGAGAAGGAGCAGGCUGGGCCGGAGGAUUCUGAGGAGCUCAUAACAGUCGAUGCUGUUGGUUGCUUUGAAGAUGACGAGGAAGAAGAAGAGGAAGAAGAAGAAGAGGAGAAACAGGGAAAUGCUGGAGAUGAGGGAUCCUCUGAAGUAGGACAGCUGGAUAAGGAAGAGUCUCUCAUCAAGCAGGAAGCAGCACUGGAAGAUUCUGGAGGGAGGGAGGAAUACUCUCCAGAUACCAUCUAUGGCCUGGAUUUUGUAGUGCCUGUGGUAGGGUACCUCUGCCGGCUGUGCCACAAAUUCUGCCCUAACGACACUGCUGCCCAACUUGCCCACUGCAAGUCCCUGAUGCAUUUUGAGAAUCUCCAGCGGUACAAAGCCAUGAAACUCCAGCCUGCUACUGCAUUUGUGGACACAUCCAUCUAUCCCCAGCAGGGGCUGAGUGACCUGCAGGCUCCUCCUCCUGCUGCUGCUGCUGCUGCUGCUACCACUGCCGCCAUUGACAAGAUGGAUGGUAAAACAGAGGCUCCUAGUGUAGGAAAGCAAAUCACGGUGUUAAUGGAAGCAUGUCAGUCUUCAAGAGAGGAGACUUCCGCCGCAGCGCAGAGGCACAGUUGUAAUAGAUGAGGUGUGUGGAGCCCUGCCCAUCACGUAGGAGGGAGGAGGUGCAAGGGCCACCUCCCGGCUGCUAGCAAUAGCUCCUUGGGGGGAGAGGCCGCUGCUGCUGCUGUAGGGGAAGGAUCAGGACUUCCUGUGAAGGUGGAAGAGUUCCACGGUUGUAGGGAGGGUCUCGGCAGAUGUUGGAGCAGGUGCAUCUGCAAAAGGCUGAGGCCAGGGAAAUGAAGCGGAUCCCCCCUCCCAGCCCCAAGGGGAGCCCUCUUUUCAUCACAGCCGGUUGGCUAAGUAGAGGGCCAGAUUAAGCUGCCUGUUUGGUGGGAGGGGGAGCUUUCCCUUCGUUUAAUUUUUUCUUUUCCUGGAAAAGCCUUAUUCCUUUUCUGUCCCCCCCCCAUCUUUUCACCCCUCGUCAUCUCCUUUUAGAGAAAUAAAAGUAUGCUGUAGUU